AUGGACAAAGCAGCAGAAUAUCUCAAGUCGAUUAGACUUCCUUCCCGCUUUGAGCAGGAACAUAUUUUUCCUGCUGUUAGUAUUGCGGCUGUAUUGCUCUAUUCAUCUUAUCAACUUCUGCAUCAAAAUAAAAAGUCUGUUACAGAUGGAUUAAUCAAGGAAAUUCCUACGCCCGGUUCCCAUUAUCCUUAUGUUGGCCAUUUGUUAUCCUUGGGUGAAUUGCCUGGCGCUCAAGUUUCUAAAUGGCAUAAGGAACUAGGUCCUAUCAUUCAACUUCGAAUGGGACAACAAAGAUGGAUUAUGGUGGACGAUCCUCAUUUAGCACACAAAAUAUUUGUCGGUCGCGGUGCUGAUGCUUCACAUCGUCCUCAUAUUACUUAUGCUAUGGACUAUUAUGGCUUAGGAGGUCAUGGUAUCGUCUUCUCACAGCCAGGCAUGUCGUUCAAAAAAAAUAGAGCCGCAGCCUUAUCUGUAUUGGCUCCUAAACAAAUGGACAACUUUCUAGAUAACAUCAAGAAAGAAUCAGCAGAUUUUGUGCAUCGAUUGAUAGAAGCAACCGAGAAAGAAGGCAAUAUCAACCCUCUCAAGUUUUUGGAACUAAAUACCAUGAACGUAAUCUUUCAAGCAUGUUUUGGCCGCCGUUUUGAUUCAGUAGAUGAUCCAGAAUUUAGCAAAUUGGCUCAUAUGGUGGAGACAUCCAUGAAGUAUGCAGGUCUUGAAGAAGAUUUGCCUAGCUUCUUGCCCAUCUUGUCACUCUUCAACUACUUUUCUAACAAGACUAGCAAAUGGAAGAACUUCAUCAAUAAUGAACGUAAUCCUAUCUACAUCAAGUUAAUUGAAGAGGCACUUAAGAAAGAGGAACCCAAUGUAGUGAAAUCAUUGGAUGAAAAUGGCUUCCCAAUGAGUAUGGAAGAAAAGAUUGUGUUUAUGUCGGAUUUGAUUGCUGCUGGUACUGAUACAAUCUCUGUGACAUUGUCAUGGAACUUUGUGUUGAUGUGUCAUCAUCCCGAGACUCAGAAGCGUGUUGUUGAAGAAAUUGAUGCAUUUAUUCAAAAGCAUGAACGCACACCCUCUUUUGCUGAUCGACUCGAAUUGCCCUUCUGUGUUUCUGUUAUCAAGGAAUGUAUGAGAUAUAGACCCACUUCUGCAUUUGGUUUGCCUCAUGCUGCUGCUGAAGAUAUUGAAGUAGAUGGUUAUUUCAUCCCCAAGGGUUCUACCAUUAUUUCCAAUAUGGGCAGUAUGCAUAGCAACCCUGAUCGUUACGACGACCCUGAUGUAUUCAAGCCUGAUCGAUUCAUGAAUAACCUCAAGACAAUGCAAUCAUCUGCUAAUGGACGUAUUGAAGAGCGCGAUCAAUAUAAUUUUGGCUGGGGAAGACGUAUUUGCCCAGGCAUCUAUCUGGCUGAAGUAGAAAUUUUCGCUGCAUUUAUUCAAUUGUUUGCUAGAUGCUACAUUGAGCCAAGUGAUCAAGGUUUACCUGAUCUUGAAGGUGCCACAAAUGCUGGUCUUACAUUGUUGCCUCUCCCUUACAAACUUAAAUUUGUGAAGCGUGCUAAUGCACUUGUAAAAUAA